AUGAGCCAGCAAUCGCAGCCCAGGCACGCGGCCUCGUUCCACCAUGACUACAAGAUCUAUUCGGCCUUAUACUCCGGUGUCGACGUCUACGAAAUGGAGGUCAACAACGUCGCCGUUAUGCGCCGUCGCCAGGACUCGUGGCUCAACGCCACCCAGGUACUCAAGGUUGCCGGCGUCGACAAGGGCAAGCGAACAAAGAUUCUCGAAAAGGAGAUCCAAACCGGCGAGCACGAAAAGGUACAAGGCGGCUACGGCAAGUACCAGGGCACCUGGAUCAAGUUUGAUCGCGGUGUCGAGCUCUGCCGGCAGUACGGUGUCGAGGAGCUGCUUCGUCCUCUCUUGACCUAUGACAUGGGCCAGGACGGAGGCAUCGCCGGCAGAGGCGACUUCAACACCCCGACCAAAGAGCAAGCCAUGGCCGCCCAGCGGAAGCGCAUGUACAACUCGAGCGUCGAUGGGAGGCCCAACGGCCUGUCGGGCACCUUUUUCAAGAACAUCUCGAGCACUGCUUCCCAUGCCGUGGCGGCCAUCAGCAAGGCUCGCUUCGACUCGCCCGGCCCCAGAAGUCGCAACGGACCCUCGCGAGCACCCAGCUUUAGCCGACAGCCCUCGAUGCAGAACGGCGACGACUUUCCCGCCAAUUCCCAGCAGAGUUACGCCUCCGACUACGGCCAACAGGUCGAUUCUGCCUACUCGACCCAGCAGCAAGGCGCCGGCGCAGCAGCCAUGCCCGACAACGAGCCUCCUCGGAAGCGACAGCGCGUCACCAUGACGCCUGCUGACAGCUUCGGAGGCUACAGCCAGAGCAUGGAUAUGUACGCCCCCGCCUUCCCAGGGUCUCCCACAGAGCCCAACGAAUCCUUCAUCUACACCCAGGGUGCCUCCGUCAACCCUCACUCCCCGGGCGAGGACCCCAAUGGGCCUCUUCCCCCUCUCCCUUACGAGAUGUCGUCCGACGUGGAGACCAAGCGCAGUAUGCUCAUGGGCCUCUUCAUGGACUCGACGGCGUCGGACGUCUCCAAGCACGACAUGCUCCGGACCCUGGCCCCUGCCGAGCUCGACAUGCCCAUUGACCCGCAAAGUCACACCGCCUUGCAUUGGGCGGCUACUCUGGCGCGGAUGCCGCUACUCCGUGCGCUCAUUGCUGCGGGAGCCUCCCCGUAUCGCGUCAACGCUUCUGGAGAAACGGCGCUUAUGCGAGCCUGUCUCGUCACCAACUCCAUGGACCACGGAUCGUUCCCGGACCUGCUCGAGGUGCUUGGCGGGACCAUCGAAGCGCGCGAUCACAAGGGCCGGACCGUUCUUCACCACAUUGCCGUCACCAGUGCCGUCAAGGGUCGCAACGCGGCCAGCCGAUACUACCUCGAAAGCCUCCUCGAAUGGGUGGUCCGCUCGCAAUCGGCCAUUCCCAAGAUGGGCAUCGCGCGCUUCAUGUCCGAGAUUGUCAAUGCCCAAGACGGGUCCGGCGACACGGCCUUGAAUAUAGCGGCACGAAUCGGAAACCGAAGCAUCAUCUCACAGCUCCUGGAAGUGGGCGCCGACCCCAACAUCGCCAACCGCGUCGGCCUGAGGCCCGUCGACUUUGGCAUCGGAGGCGAGAAUGCCGAGGAUGAAAUCAACGGGGACGCAAUCGUCGAAACCAACGGAACGUCUGGAUCGAGCCAACGCACCCGGGAGAGCGGCGAAGAGAUCAUAGCCUCCAUAACACACCUGCUGAAUGAGACGGGCGCCGCCUUCCAGCAAGAAAUGAAAUCCAAGCAAGUCUCGCUGGAUUCCCUCCACGCCACACUUCGGACAACCUCGACCCAACUCGGCGAGGCCCGCCGCACCCUCGACCACCUCACCGCGAAUCUCAAGAAGCAGCAGUUGGCCCGACAAAAGAUUUCGAAUCUCGCUCAUGCGCGCGAGGAUGAGCAGGUUAGCUUGAUGAACGAGCAGUCGAGAUCCUCGCAACCGAAUCCAUCCACGACGUGGGAAACAGAACUCUCCGCCAUGCUCGAGGCCGCCGAGGAGUCGUCGGCAGCACCAGGCGGAGGGUACCGCAGCGAAGGAAUGCUGCCCUCUGGAGCUGUCCUACGGGCCCGCAUCCGAGCCAUCGAGGGGCGCCGCGACGUGACGCGUAAGAUGGUGCAGGCUCUCAAGGGCAGGAGUCGCGACGUGGAGAUCAAGUACCGCCACGUGGUGGCCCUGUGCACCGGCGUGCAGGAGAGCGAGGUGGACGCCGUGGUAGACGGCCUCCUCAAGGCGGUGGAAAGCGAGCGGGACGAACUCGACAUUGGGCGAGUGAGGAGGUUCCUCGGCGGCGUCGAGGGCGUGGUUCAUUAG